AGAGCGCCCCUGUCCAGCGAGCGGUUUGACGGUCCCUGAGUGUUAGUUAGCCGCCGACCCCGCCCGCUGGGCCUUCCCUGCGCGGUGCGCGCACCGCCGCCGGCGGGGCCUCACCUCCGGGCCGUCGGGGCUGCAGUGUUCUCGCUCCUUCGCCCAGUCUGUGGACCUCAAACGCGGGCUUUUUAGACUUAAGACCCUCGCUUCCGCACUUACCCCGCCUUGUUUGGUGUGGUAUUGGGUCCUGACUUUUGAAAUUCUUGGGUCAGAUAUUUCAAAAAUAAUAGAUUACCCCCCCCACACUUUUUCUUUUGACAGGGGAAGAAGAAAAUCUUUACUAGCUCAUACCGUUUUUCAAAAGAAAAGCCACUUCAAUACCAGUAGAGUAAGAAAGGCACAAUCCCAAAAUAAGGAUGGCCCUUAGUUUACAUAUCACAUUAUAAAAUAAUUUAGUAUAUCAUAAAUAGUAUAAUUUUGUUGCAUGCAGAUGAAAACUAGGCAUUAGAACCACCCUGUUAGAAAGCAUUGAUUUAGCACUGCUUUGGGGAGCCAAAUUUAGGUUAUAAAAACCAACUUCAGUUUAUUAGAUGUUUUGGGGCACGUCAGUCAACCUUCAGCAAAGCUGUUUCCCAUUAGAAAAAUGGGUGUAUGCAAGGACUACAGGCUAAUAGGAGCAUCCUGACCUGACCUGACCUGACCUUGUGGACGGCUGCAAGAACAAAGGAUUCUGGCCCCAAGAAGUUUGCAGCAGUCAGCCACACCCCUUCCCCCUGUAGUGUAAAGAAAGCCUGAGUCCCCUAUCUUCUCCAUCCGCCGGCCUCCCGAGUAAAAUCGCUCUUCCUUGCUUCAGGAACUCAGCUUUUGAUUCAUUGGCCUGCCAUGCAGCGAGCAGUAGGAGCUUGGACUUGGUAACAGUAUGUUAAAAGCAUAGUUUACAUUGCUUCCUAAAAAACCAGUGUGAUGGUUCUCACUAGCCUGCUGCCUUAGGCAAGGCUGGUUUAGAGACCAGAGGGAAGUCAUAAAUACCCGUACCCUUUUAUGUUAGUAAAAUCAAGUUUAAAACCUGAUUGGAAGUUUGGAAUAUGUGGAAGAACUCAAAAACUGGACGAGACUCACCACCUGGACUACAGCACACUCCCGGAAUUAAGUAGGGGAAAUAGUGUACGUUUUCAGUAUGAUUUACUGUAACACUCCGUCCCUGCUCACCACCAACAGGUGACUUUGAAGGAGCUCCACUGUUACGAGUUUGAGAAGCAGAAGAAAGAGGGUCUCAGGAGCCUCCCAGGAACUUGAGAGGGUUGCGCGCCCUGGGCUGGCAAGUGAGGGGCGGGCGUGUGUUUUCCCAGAACCGAGGUGCCGCAGGCUUUUACACGCGGCAUCCAUGAAAACCCGGAUCCAGGAUCUCUGGGCCUGGACGCGCCGAGGGUUAUCCCCUUUUCCAAAUCUCCUCUCCGAGUCUUCGCCUGAGCUCCGGCCGGGCGCAAACUGAAAGUGAAAAACCGCGGGGCUGCAGCCGGCCGUGGGAGCCUACUUCUCCGGGACGAGAUUUUUUUGAUGCCUUCUGGUUUAAAGAACCUCCAGCUGCUCUGAUGAUCGCUUAAGAAGACUGCAUGCUGUUCCCUUUCAAUGCCAAGCCAGGCCCACUCAGAACCUCAGUUCUCAGUCCUCCAUGGAGACCAGGUCCCAGCAGGAAUGGCAGUGGAGGAAAUUGGCACCCAGAUGGUUCCUCCGCGUGAAGUUGUCUUGGGCUGCGGGCCGACUCGAGAACACCUGGUAACCAGGCUAACCCUCUGUCAGUCACCCAGGGCAGGGCAGCAUGGUGCGGAUUCAGAGGAGGAAGCUUCUGGCAUCUUGCCUGUGCGUCACAGCUACUGUCUUUCUGCUCGUCACGCUCCAGGUAGUGGUUGAGCUGGGAAAAUUUGAAGGGAAGAUGUUUAAAAAUUCUAAUUUGAAAGACGGACAUGCACAAAUGGAAGAAGAGCCUAUACAUCUCCAUCCAUUCCUUAAGAGAGAAGGUCUGACCCUGAAUAGGAAAAAAACAUUGGCAGCUGAUAGCUACCCCAUCAUGCUCUGGUGGUCUCCACUGACUGGGGAAACUGGAAGGCUAGGCCAGUGCGGGGCAGACACUUGUUUCUUCACCAUCAACCGGACCUACCUCCAUCAUCACAGGACCAAAGCCUUCCUCUUCUAUGGUACUGACUUUAACAUAGAUAGCUUACCUCUGCCUCGGAAAGCCCAUCACGACUGGGCCCUUUUUCAUGAAGAGUCUCCGAAAAACAAUUAUAAGCUCUUUCACCAGCCAGUCAUCACCUUGUUCAACUACACGGCCACCUUCAGCCGGCAUUCCCACCUGCCACUAACUACCCAGUACCUGGAGGGCACAGAAGUCCUGAAGUCACUCCGAUACCUGGUCCCCUUGCAGUCCAAAAACUACCUUCGAAAAAGGCUCGCUCCUCUGGUGUACGUACAGUCCGACUGUGACCCACCCUCAGACAGAGACAGCUACGUUCGAGAGCUGAUGACGUACAUUGAGGUCGAUUCUUAUGGCGAGUGUUUGCGAAACAAAGCUCUCCCUCAGCAGCUGAACGGUCCAGCCUCUAUGGACGCUGGUGACUUUUAUAGGAUCCUUGCCCAGUAUAAGUUUAUCCUUGCUUUCGAGAAUGCGGUUUGCGAUGACUACAUCACUGAGAAGUUCUGGAGACCUCUGAAACUAGGGGUCGUCCCUGUGUAUUACGGGUCACCCAGCAUCGCAGACUGGCUUCCAAGUAAUAGAAGUGCUAUCCUGGUAUCAGAAUUUUCUCACCCUAGAGAACUGGCAAGUUACAUCAGACAGCUGGAUCACGACGACAGACUGUACCAGGCCUACAUAGAAUGGAAGCUGAAGGGUGAGAUCUCGAAUCAGCGACUUCUCACUGCUCUCAGGGAACGGAAAUGGGGGGUACAGGACAUCAAGCAGGACAACUACAUCGACGCAUUUGAGUGUAUGGUGUGCACCAAGGUGUGGGAUAACAUUAGGCUCCAGGAAAAGGGCUUACCACUCAAACGAUGGAAGGCAGACAUUACCCACCUGAGCUGUCCAGAGCCUACAGAGUUUGCUUUCUCACCCCUCGCCCCACGUCGGAGCUCUUUGCGAGAGAUGUGGAUACCAAGCUUCCAACAGUCCAAGAAAGAAGCCCAAGCACUAAGGUGGCUGGUUGAUAGGAAUCAAAACUUUUCAACUCAAGAGUUUUGGGCCCUAGUAUUCAAGGACUAAUAUCAAAAAGUGUCAGUUUUAUUUUCUAGGUUGCCUUAAUAUCUGAAUAUAAUAGCUGCUCUGUGGACGAUCCACUAGGAUGAGAAUUAAUGACUGCAGUACUCAUAGUGAGCUCUAUUGAAUAAUAGAUACGAGUUACCCCUAGGGGUCACUUCUCUGUUUUUUAUACUAAAAAAGAAAUAUUUCUUAUGAACACUGGUCACCUUCAGUGUACAUGUCUGGACCCGCAUCCCUGCUGCCUUGUGUGGAAAGUCACCUACUGUAGAAUGAGUGUUUUCCUUGCUGCAAGGAAAGAGUCCUUUCAAGGAAGGCAAAGGGUGUAGCUGUGGAUUCUUACAACCACCUCACUGGCUGUAUUCAUUGGUAUUUGGCAAGCCCAGUGUCCCGAUGCUGAGCAGGAACAUGAAAUGCGUUAGAACUUGGCAAUGAGAGAUGCCAUCUGUUGGUUUCCAGGGAUGUGAGUGAGUAGUGAAGGCUGCGUGGGGUUGAUCCGCUGUUUCCCCAAAUCUAAAGAACAUAGCACGUCUCUGCCUCUUCCAUACUUUCAGCCACCUCUCCUGCCUUUCUUAUUACCACCUUGCCCUGCGUCCUCCCCCGUUCCUCCCUGGAGCGAACGUCUUGGGAAGACGUGCCUCUUCCUUGUGUGUUUUGAGAGGUGAGUUGUUCCCUAUGUUCCCUUAUUCCACUGAGCAGAAUAGUACAGAGUCCUGUGGUUCACGCUGGACAGCCGGUGCGUUUUGAUGGCUGUGAGCAUGAAGGUGAGUGCCCUGGGGAGCUCCAGCGGUGUGGAAGCGGAUUUGUCUUGUCUUAGGGUGAUGCGCAGCCUGCAGUGGUGGGCGGCCCUGCCAGCUGGGAGCAUUCCCUGUCGUUUCUGAUCCUGUCACAGAGGAGUUUCAGCUCUCUUAUCUGGAGCUUCUACUGGAGCGUCUCGAAAGGCAAGGAGAAAACACUGGCUCUUGUUCUCUUUCCUUGUGAGCGUGGGGUGGCUUCUAGAUCACACUAAAGCCUGCUGCCACCCAACGUGUGACAGCUUUGAUAUUCUUUACUGUGGAAAGACGUAAGCUCCAGAGGACAGGAAGAGUCCUGGGUACUCAUGUCCCUGAUGUGGCAUCAGGGCAAAACUGAGGAAAGCACCCUCUCGGCACCAGCUGCCUUUGUAUCGCAGGCCAGUGCCUUUCUGUUCCUGCCAAGGGCGAUCUCUUCCUUACGUAGCUGUCUUUCUGGCUGCCAGAGAAAUUAGGACUGAAACCAAUACAUUCUUUUAGGAGCAAGAGGGGUCACAUUGUUUCUCUCCUCUGACUGGGCUCUUCUCCAUCCCAGCUC